AUGAAGACGUGCACAGCUCUCAGUAUGGCAUUGGCGUCUGCCGCCAGCGCCCUCUCGCUUACCGCUCGUCAAGGCGUCACGGCCGACGAUUAUGCCGUCCAAACUCUCAAAAGCAUUGAGAGCAAUUUCAAAAUGGAUGACGCCAAUUUGCCCAAGUUCCCUGUUAACAAGGAGUGGCAGCACGUCUGCCCUAGCAACUUGAAUUACGGAGAGAAAGUUACCUUCUUCAAGACCGGGACCAUCAAACGCAACGACAUCAUAGACGCAAAGGCAUACUACAUUGCCCACGUGGAGACCACGGCAGUCAAUCCGGGCCCCGGCGAUACGUCGAGCAAAAUGACCAUGAGCAGCUCCACCACCACGACCCAGACGGACACCAAAGGCUGGACAGUCGGCGUCAAGCUCUCCGGCAAAGUUAGCGGCGGCGCCGAGAAACCCGCACCCCAGGGAGAAGUCGGCGUCGAGAUCUCGGCAUCCUACAGCGACACCAAGACGAAGACGGAUUCCAAUACCAAAACCGUCACGCGCGAGGAGCAGUGCGAAGCCGGCUACGAGUGCCGCCUCGAAACGUGGUCGUUCCACCUGGAUAUCCACGCCAAGCCGAGGGUGGAUGGAUUUUUCCAGCUAUGGGAUUCUGUCAACGACAUCGGCAAGGAAAUCCCGAUGUGCUCCAUGCCCAAGAAGGCCCGAAGCUGCGAGCAGUUCAAGCAGAGAAUCGACGAGUGGUGCACGGAGAAGGCGCUCCCCGGCGGCGCCCUCUACAUCCCCGCCAAGCAGGACGAAUUGCACAUCAAGACGCCCAUCCUCGAAACCAACGGCUAUCAGACCUUUACCCGAAUCGUCAAGGUGUUCAACCCCAUUGUCAAGAGCCAAAAGGCCCGCUCGGUAGAGCCCACGGUGGGAACCAAGGAGACCAUCAUGGAGGCCAUGAAGCAGGGCACCAAGUUCAAGUUUCUUGACUAA